CAAAAGUCGUCCACUUUUGCUCUUUAUAACACUAAAGAAACAGAGCCAAGAUCGAGAACAAGAGAAUAGAAUAAAAGAAAAGAAAAUGGAGGGUGCUGAAAUGCAAGACUUCAUCGAGGUUUGGCUUGAAGUCAUCAUUUCUCUGUGUUAUUGCUAUGCAAUUAGAAACAUUAUUCCUACAGGGUUCAAAAGGCUACUCUUUGUUCUCCCAGUUGUUUGCUUCUUUUUCUACCUUCCUCUUAAUCUCUUCUCUCCUCAUCUUGGUGGUACUACUGCUUUUUUCAUUUCUUGGCUUGCCAAUUUCAAGCUCCUUCUCUUUGCUUUUGGUAAAGGUCCUCUUUCUGCAGAUCCAUCAAUUUCUCUCCCUCUUUUUGUGGCUGUUUCUUGCUUACCCAUCAAGAUCCGAAAAAAUCCACCACCAAACAAGCCCUUAAAUCAUCAAAAUAAAGAAAACCCACCUCUAAAAUCACACCAAAAUGGCCAAAUCAAGGAAAACCCAUCAAGAAAACCAAGAGAAGGUCCUCUAAACUAUGCAAUAAAGGGCAUAGCUGUGGCCAUGUUGGUUCGUGUAUAUGAUUACAGUGAAUAUAUCCAUCCAAAAUUCAUCCUGGUUCUCUAUGCCUUCCAUAUUUAUUUCUUCUUGGAACUCACUCUAGCCGUAAGUGCAGCCCUGGCUCGAGCCAUGCUAGGCAUAGAGCUCGAACCACAGUUCAAUGAGCCCUACCUCUCUACAUCGCUUCAAGAUUUCUGGGGCAAGAGAUGGAACCUCAUGGUCACUCGUAUCCUACACCCCACCGUUUAUGAACCCACACGCAACUUCUUCGCACGUGUCAUUGGCCGGGAGUUGGCCACACUCCCGGCUGUUUUCGGAACAUUUGUGGUGUCGGCAGUAAUGCACGAGCUCAUGUUCUAUUACCUGGGGCGAGUGAGGCCCACGUGGGAUAUCUCUGCGUUCUUUCUUCUGCAUGGGUUCUGUUUAACGGCUGAGAUUGCUCUUAAGAAGGCGCUGAACCAGAAGUGGCAACUGCCAAGGUUAUUGUCUGGAUUCUUGACCGUUGGGUUUGUUAUGACGACAGCGUUUUGGCUGUUUUUGCCAAAGUUCAUACAGUGUCGGAUUGAUGUUAGAGCGUUUGAAGAAUACGCGGCACUAGGAGCGUAUGUGAGGAAUGCAAGUGAAAGCGUGUUGCGAGUUUGGCCAGGUCAUUGACGGUCAUGAUUUAGUCUGCCACUUAGGAACAUUUCGUUGUGGUAAAAAUGAACGGUGUUGAUUUGCUAGAGAUGAAUGUUGUUCACUUUGAUCCCAUCAACGAUUUCGUUAAGAUCCACAGUAAUGUCAUUUAAUAAUAUAUUGUUGUUAUUUUUA